AUGUCACCAGUGAAAAUAAUGAAGGUUGAAGACAAUGGUGAGCAGAACCACCCUUGGACCAGCUGUUUGGUGUCCCCCAUCACUUCCACCAAGGAGGACAGCCUGCUAGAAGACAUGCCAGAGGACAACAGUGGGCUGCACCACUCAGGCAGGAUGAGGCUUGGAAGCAGCCUGGGGUUGGCUGUUUUUUGCUGGGUUUUCGGGGAGGUGGUUGCUUACACCCCCUUGGGCUUUAGAGGGGAGGUAGAAUUAUGGAGGUAUGGAGGGAAUCCUUCCCUGAGGCAGCCCUGGACCUUCUCCCAGCCUUGGGCAUGGGUGGAUCUUUCCCAGCUCCAGGCUGCAGCCCCCCUGCACCCUGUGGCUGUGCAGGGCCCGGAGGCAACCUCCUGCCUGCCUGUGACCUGGAGCUCCUCUGAGAGCACAGUGACCUUCGUGGCUGGGCUGCACGAGUGUGGCAGCACCCUUAGGGUGACUCCUGAUGCUCUAGUCUAUACCACCAGUGUAAAUUACAGCCCAAUUCUUACUGGCAACCCUGUGGUGAUCCGCAGCAGCCCUGCCAUGGUUCCCAUUGAGUGCCACUACCCCAGGAGGCAUAACGUGAGCAGCAAUGGUGUCAAGCCCACGUGGAUGCCCUUUCGCUCCACCAUGUCCUCUGAGGAGAAGCUGCCCUUCUCCCUGCGCCUCAUGAAUGAUGACUGGAGUGCUGAGAGAGCCUCCACUGUAUUUCAACUGGGAGAGGUCCUCCAUUUCCAAGCUGGUGUUGAUGCAGAUAACCAUGUGCCUCUAAGGCUCUUUGUGGACAGUUGUGUGGCCACCCCAACCCCAGACAGGACCUCUUCUCCCCAGUAUGCUUUCAUUGACUUCAGUGGGUGCCUGGUGGAUGGGCAGCUGGAUGAUGCCACCUCAACUUUCGUAUCCCCAAGGCUCAGGCAAGAUGUACUUCAGUUUGCAGUAGAUGCAUUCAAGUUUGCAGGAGACUCCAGCAACCUGAUCUACAUCACCUGCCACCUGAAGGUCUCCCUGGCUGACCAAGCUCCAGACCCUCUGAACAAGGCUUGUUCCUUCAACAAAGCCAUCAACCUCUGGAUUCCUGUGGAAGGCACUCAAGAUGUCUGCUCCUGCUGCCAGAUGAGGAGUUGUGGCUUGGCCAGGGAUUCCAGGAGGCUCCACGCUCCCUCCCGGUGGCCAGGAGGACGUGUCCCGAGAGAGCUGUCCUCCCAGCCUGAUCCCUUGGAGACAGAAGCAGAUGUUGUGGUUGGACCUCUCUUCAUCCACAGCUGGCAGGAUCACCUAGUUCAGAGGACACCUUCCCAAGCUGGGAGAGGUUCCCUCUUCGGGCAGUGGUGGGAAUGGGACCAGCUGAACCUUUUUGUCUAG